UUGAAAGCAGACGACACGCCCGCCCAUCGCUUUGUUUACAAUCAAUCUUAACCUUUCCUUUCCUCCAAAAUUUGGAAAAAAAUUGCCAUUACCGGCACUGACAUUUGUGUUUGACCAAGUUUAAGAUGGUGGAAAGCAAAUCUACUCCUCCACAUAGUUUUAAAAUAAUAAGUUGGAAUAUAAAUGGAAUCCGCACUGUCAAGAACUUGAAGCAAAUGCUCGAUGAUCUGGAAGCAGAUAUAAUUUGCUUACAAGAAACCAAAGUUACUAGAGAUAUGAUUGAUGAACCUACAGCCUUAGUGGAUGGGUACAAUGCCUAUUUUUCAUUCUCGAAAACAAAAAGUGGAUACUCAGGUGUUGCAACAUUUUGUCGGGAAUCAGCUACUCCAAUUUGCGCAGAGGAGGGUCUCAGCGGGAUAUUGCAAAGCAAAGCGCAGUUUGAUACUGUAGGAUGCUAUGAUGGUUUAGAAAAUGAAUUCUCUCCCCAAGAGUUAAAGAGAUUGGACUCUGAAGGAAGAACAGUCAUCACCCAACAUAAAAUACAGAAAGAGAAUGGGUCUGAAAGUAUUCUAACAAUUUUCAAUGUAUAUUGCCCUCGGGCAGAUCCUGAAAGACCUGAUAGGUUGGAAUUUAAGCUCCGCUUCAACAAACUAUUGGAAUUACGAGCGAGUGCAGUAAGAAGUAGAGGAUCUUACGUUAUGAUUCUUGGGGAUAUCAACAUAAGUCAUCGUCAAAUUGACAGGUGUGAAAACGUCAGUCAGGAGGAGUUUGAAGCAAAUCCUUCUAGGCAAUGGCUAAAUUCAUUUUUGGUGGAUACCUUCCAAAGUGACAUGAAUCUCACCUGUGAUGGAGAUGCUGCCAACGACUCCAAAAUGGUUGACUCUUUCCGUUUUUUCCACCCCAAACAAGAAGAUGCGUACACUUGCUGGAAUACAAUGAUUAAUGCCAGAGCUACAAACUACGGAUCAAGAAUUGACUACAUUUUUGUUGAUAGGAAUCUCAUCCAGCACAUGAGUGACUCUUCAGUUUUGAGUGAAGUUUUAGGCAGUGACCAUUGCCCUGUGGCUGGAACUUUCAAAGUUAAACUUCUCCAGUCGGGAAAGUGUCCAUCUGCGUGCAUUAAAAACUACCCGGAGUUCUCUGGAGUGCAGCAAAAACUAUUGUCAUUCUUCAUUAAAAAGUCUAGUGAUAGUCUGAUCUCUAGUGACAAGGCCGAAGAAACUUCACAAAUGCCUGAGGAUGAGUCUUUCAAGAGAAAAAGCCAGGAUGAUCCAAAAAUAUUCAGCAAAGGAAUCAGUAAAAAGAUGAAAAUCCAAGGUAGUUCUACCCAAAAGCACAUCUCCAGUUUCUUUCAGAAAUCCUCAAGCAGUGCAGAUCAACAAUACGAUGGGACCUCUUCCAGCCAGGGCUCUUCAGUGUCAGAUGAGCUUAGCGCCGAAAAUGGAAAUGUGAAACCUGUCAAUGAGGAAGCAACAGUUGAAAGAAAAGAGAAAAGCUCCUCUGCUGCUUCAGCAUGGAAGAAUAUGCUUACUGGGCCCCGUCCACCUCCUCUUUGUAAGGGUCACAAAGAACCAUGUGUUGAAAGAAUAGUGAAAAAGAAAGGACCCAAUUUAAAUAAAAAGUUCUUUGCCUGUGCUCGGGGUGAGGGUGGUAAAAAUGAUCCUAGAGCUCGUUGUGAUCAUUUUGAAUGGGCCAACAAAAAGUAGGGUAAUGUUAUUAAUGUCACAUAUGAAAAAUUAUUUUUCUCCUGUAUUGAUUUUGAAUGAGUUGCAAAAAGUGUUCUGUGGAGGAUAGGUCAAAGUUAAAUAACAACCGUCAAGCCAUGUCAUUAACACUAUAAUAUAUAUAUAUUGUCAUUGUAAUGUCUUCAAGAGGCAUGGUUACCCAUGUUCUCAGCAAAAAAUAUACAUUGCAACAAUGAGAGAGCCAUGUGCAAAUGUAGUUACCAUGGCAAGUUAUGUACAAGACACAUCUUCUACAUCAAUUAAAUAUAACUAUUGUCUGUUCACAUAUACUUACAAGAUAGUUUGAGAAAAAAAGAGCUGGACAAUGCACUAGACUAUUGCCUAAAGCUUUUCCCCUUAACGAUUUAGAUAAAUUUGAUAAUACUUGCCAAGGAUUCCAAAGGGUUACAGAGUUAAGCUUGCUCUUUACCUACAAGUUUUGUAUUUUGUUUUUCUUUUACAUUGGUUAAAACUGUUUUCUAAGGGUUUUAAGUUACACUUCUGCUGUUUUUGUGUGAAAUCUCAAGUCUUUGAAAGUCAAAGAGAUGAUCACUUUUGAUUGGCUGUGAAGUUUUUUUUCCUGUGAUUUACUCUUUUGUUAUUUAUUUUUGAUGACUGAUCUUAUCACAAGUCUGAUUAUGUGUCAAUUUCACCUGUAACUAGAGAAUUGAAUAGGGCAACAACUCUGGUACUUUUCUUCCAUAGAAAGAGAGGAAUUUUUUAGUUUCAUCACGAUGAGAAUGUUACAUGAAAUGUUGUGUAGCUCAUCACUGUGAUAUGCUUUAUUGUACAAAAGGGCAAAUGUGAAGUGAGCUGCUAGCAGUA